CUCUCACAAGUGAGUGAAAGCUCAGGGGCCGUAGCGAUCUGAACGCAGUGCCAUCAGCAUACCACACAGGGUCUGACCUGCCAUUGAGUGCCGAAAUAUUCAGGAGUCUUUGUUUCAUGUUUUGCCAGAACAAAAGGUUGUCCGGAUGACUGCAGAGUGCCCUUCCAUCUGAAGCACCAGAGGAGGCGGUUCUUCAAGUGUCUUCAUAUCUAUGGAAUAAAACCAGCCAUCAUGUCAGGGAAGUCAGAUGGGAAGAAGAAGUGGGCUGCAGUUAGGGAUCGCCUGGGCUCCUCACAGGACUCAGAUUCCCAGCAGGAGGCCAACCUAGAGAGUGCUGACCCAGAGCUGUGCAUCAGACUGCUGCAAGUUCCCACCGUGGUCAACUACUCGGGGCUGAAGCGUCGUCUGGAGGGCAGCGACCAGACAUGGAUGGUCCAGUUCCUGGAGCUGAGCGGACUGGAUCUCCUCCUGGAGGCCCUGGACCGGCUCUCAGGGCGGGGAUGCUCUCGCAUUGCAGAUGCCCUUCUGCAGCUCACCUGUGUCAGCUGCGUGCGAGCAGUCAUGAACUCCUCUGCAGGGAUCCACUUCAUUAUAGAGAACGAAGGAUACAUCCGGAAGCUUUCCCAAGCUUUGGACACUUCCAAUACCAUGGUGAAGAAGCAGGUGUUUGAGCUACUUGCUGCCCUCAGCGUGUUCUCUGCAGAUGGUCAUUCCCUGGCACUGGAUGCCUUGGAUCACUAUAAGGGCGUGAAGAUGCAACAGUAUCGCUUCAGCGUGAUCAUGAACGAGCUGCAGGCCACAGAUAACGUCCCUUACAUGGUCACACUUCUCAGUGUCAUCAACGCCCUCAUCUUUGGGACGGAUGACCUCAGGCAGAGAGAUAAGAUGAGAAAGCAGUUUAUUGGGCUGCAGUUGCUUGAUAUUCUGCCAAAGUUAAGGGAACAGGAGGAUGGAGACUUGAUUAUUCAGUGUGAGGCUUUUGAAGAGGCAAUGGCUGAAGAUGAGGAGGAGCUGCUGCGGAUCUAUGGCGGCAUUGACAUGAGUGAUCACCUGGAGGUUUUCACUACACUCUUUAACAAGGUGAGCAGCUCUCCAGCCUCUCUCCAGCUGCUGUCCAUCCUGCAGACGCUGUUGAUGCUGGGGCCGGGCCGCUCUGAUAUCUGGCUGGCUCUGGAGUCCAUCACUAACAGAGCCAUACUGCUGGCCCAGGACUCUCAGAUGGAGUCCAAUGAGAGGAUCAUGCAGCGGCUGAUGUUCUCCAAACGCAAGAGCUAUGAAGGUCAUCAUGAAGUUGACGGGCAGCUUGUGAAAGUGGAUAAGGCCGUGCAGACUGAUUUGGAUCAUCAGGACAAAGACAUAACAUCCUCUCAGAAGCCACUGUGUGCCUCUGUUCCACCUCCACCCCCACCUCCUCCUCUACCCCCUAGUAUGACUACUAAGCAGUGCCCACCUCCACCCCCACCACCUCCUCCUCCACCGCUACCUGGAGGGUUUGGUGGACCUCCACCACCACCUCCCUUGCCUGGAAUACCACCACCACCACCUCCACCGCCACUGCCCGGCGGUCCAGGCAUUCCUCCCCCACCCCCUCCACCACCCCUACCAGGGAUGGGCGGCGGACCACCGCCACCACCUCCCUUACCUGGCAUGCCACCUCCACCUCCACCUCCCCCAGGCAUGAUAGUGGCUCAGAGUAGCCAGGCCCUGGGGUGUGCUGCACCUGUAAAAGCACACCGAUGCCCCACCCUGAGGAUGAAAAAGCUCAACUGGCAAAAACUCCGCACAGUUACUGAUGGUCACUCCAUGUGGGCCUCAGUUCAGAAAGAGCCUCCUCCUCGGGAGCCGGACUACAGCAGUAUCGAGCAGCUGUUCUGUCUCCCGGUGACCGAGCACAAAGACAAGGGGGCAGCUGCUCCUGUCAAGAAGGAGCCUAAAGAGAUUACAUUCAUUGAUCCAAAGAAAAACUUGAAUUUGAACAUAUUCCUAAAGCAAUUCAAAUGCAAAAAUGAGGAGUUUGUAGCCAUGAUUCAGAAUGGGGACCGUAGUAAAUUUGAUGUUGAGGUGCUAAAACAGCUCCUUAAGCUCCUACCAGAGAAGCAUGAGAUAGAAAAUUUGAAGUCCUUCCAAGGAGAAAAAGACAAGUUGGCAAAUGUUGACCGCUUCUACACCUCCCUUCUCACUGUGCCAUGUUAUCAGUUGAGGAUCGAGUGCAUGUUGUUGUGCGAGGAGACUUCAUCAGUGUUGGAAAUGCUCAAACCUAAAGUCAAGCUAGUGGAGGAGGCCUGCCAGUCUCUCAGAACGAGCACGCUCAUGCCCAGUUUCUGCAGGCUCAUCCUUGACGUAGGGAAUUUUCUCAACUAUGGAAGUCACACAGGGAACGCCGAGGGGUUCAAGAUCAGCUCUCUGCUCAAGCUUACGGAGACUAAGGCCAACAAGAGUCGCAUCACGCUGCUUCAUCAUAUCCUGGAGGAAGCAGAGGCGAACCACCCGGAGCUGUUGGCGCUGCCAGAUGAUAUAGAAGUCUGUCAAAAAGCAGCAGGAGUUAAUCUGGACUCUGUUCAGUCGGAAGCCAGUGCCUUACUGAAACGACUGAAUGACACGGCCAAAAAGGUCUCCAACUCUGUCGAAGAGGUGAAGGAGCAAUACGCAAAAGUUCUUGAGGAAAAUCUGAAGGCAUGUCAGGCUUUAAGUGAAAGGUUUACUGCGAUGGAGAAGAAGAAGAGCGAGCUGGCUGUCUACUUAUGUGAAGACUCCAAUCAGCUGUCGCUCGAGGACCUCUUCGGAACCAUCAGGACUUUCCGAGAACUUUUCAUCAGGGCGCUGAAGGAAAACAAAACCAGAAGAGAGCAGGCUGCCAAGGCUGAGAAGAGGAAGAAGCAGCUGGCAGAAGAGGAGUCCAAGAGACAGAAGGGAGAGAAUGGAAAAAUUAUCAAGAAAGGCUUUGUGCCACAGAACGAUGGCUGCAUCAUCGACCACCUCCUGGCGGAUAUCAGGAAAGGUUUCAGCCUAAGAAAGACCAGGCCAAGGUGCGAUUCGGAAAGCCUCCCUUCUAGUGAAAAGCAUAGGGAUACCUGCCCAUCUGAAUCAAGUGUCAAGCCUGUAGACGAAGGAGCCGCAGAAUUAGCCACCAUAUCCGCUCCCACCAAACCCCAGAAAGAGGGUCACCAGGCCAGCACAGGCGAAAUGAACGGCUUCAUCAGUCCAUCAGAAGAGACUCCGCCAGCUCCUCAGAGUUCGGUGCAAGACGGACCAGCUGCACCUCCUCCCAAAGCCCCCACAGGAGAACCAGCCAUGACCAUCCAGACACCCCUGGAAAGACCUACGUCACUGCCAGAGGGGCAACACCCACAGAAACCAGCAGUGCCGCCGCUAGAUUUAACACAACCUCAGCCUCAUGUUGAAGCAGAACAUCAGCCAUGUCUCUCCACAAAUGGCUUUUCAGUGGAUUCCACCGAGACUAGCGUCUUCAGCCCAUCUUCCCUCUCAGAUACCGACCUGCUAGAGGCUGUGUCAGAGUGUACUCCCAGCCUGGCAUCUGAGGGGGUGACACCUGUGGAGCCAGCGGACAUUAGUGUGAAUGUCCAGAUCAAAGAAUGCCCUUUACCUAAUACAGACAAUGUGACACAGAGUAGUGAAAGCAAUACAACGGGAGAAGGGAAAGGUGAAACUAGCAAUAAAAAAAGCCAUUUAGCAGAGACUGCAGGACAAGAGCGGAAAUGCAUUAUUGUAAAAACAUACGUGACCACAGUCAGGGAGGGCAGCAAGGGGUGCGACGUUCCAGAUGGACUGGAAUCAGAUGAUCUGCCAUCAGUGUCUGAAGCAGUGCCUCCAUCCCUUAAGCCCGAACCAAAGAAACACAGCCUCUUUAAAAGAAGCAAAAAGAAGAGUAACCAAGGUAACAGUGGGAAAGGACACAGUAAACAUAAAAAGGGCUGUGUGUUGCAGUGAGGUGACUCCAGAAAAAGGAAAUCGAGAGGAAGAAGGACAUGUUAAUUUAACACAAGAGUUGUGAACCGGAAGGACUUGUUUUAUUUUCAGAGUCCACAUGAGCACUGACUCCUUGGAGAGGAUGCAGAAGUCUUCCUUUUGCAGUGAUUUGUUCCAGAAGAAUAAACACAUCUAAGGCUGGGAUCUUCACAGCAUGGAUGCCCACAGUCACUUUAUGUAAAUGAAGUUUUUGUGUAUAUGAGUGGUUGGAUUCCAAAAACUGUUCCCAAAAAAAAAAAAAGUUGAAUGUGCUUUAUAUGUUUUGUAUAAUUGUUGUAAUAUGCAGUGAAUGUGUUUUGCCAUAAGCUCUAUUUACCUUACAGCACCUACAGAAGGAAAGAUGCAGUGUUGUUGGUACAAGAUAUUUAAUUUAACUCAUCAAAAAACUGCUUGAAUGUCAUGUAUUAAUUUCUUUAUAUAUUAUCCAAAUGAACCCUGAAAUAUAAGGACAUUACAUAAUUGAUUGUAACUUUUAAUGUUAGAUAUAUUUUAAUAAAAGUGAAUUUACUGUU